AUGCCGUCGACCCUCGAGCAGGCUAUCCCCCUCCUCGAGGAUCUAGAUAGUCCAUGCGACAGCAACAGUCUUGCACGAAGCGUCCUGGCCAUUCCCGAGCACCGGCUAUCCAAACAAUGGACUCAGUUCUGCCGACUCUGGCUACGACUCCUCGUCAGCCUUCUCCCGAAAUACAUUCAACCCGGUGGUCGCAGUAAGGGCGAACUGCCUCCCACGGCAUACCUCGAUGCUCUGCGCGGGUACGCGGCCUUGAUCGUCUUCUUCUAUCACUCCUUUCCGCUCCCUAGCAUAUGGCUCUUCCAACAAACCUUCUUCCGCGUCUUUUUCCGCGGCGGCCCCGGCAUGGUGGCCGUGUUCUUCGUCAUCUCGGGCUACGUGCUCAGUUACCGCAUGUUGAAAGCGAUCCGCAACAAAGACCCGAUCAAGCUGCUCGACAGCCUUGCGUCCUCGACGUUCCGGCGCUGGUUCCGGCUGUACGGAUCGACCGGGGUGGCGACGUUCGUGGCAAUGGUGCUCACGCAGCUGGGGUGGUUCUGGCCACACGCGUCUGAUCGUAAAGAAACAUUCCUCGAGCAGGUCUGGGACUGGUUCCAGGACUGGCUGGAGUCGAGUGACCCGUUUGCCAACAUCCAAGGCUGGAUCCACGGCUGGGCGUUUCGCUCGAGGUACCUGUACCAGAUGUGGACCAUCCCCGUCGAGUAUCGGGGCAGCAUCGCGCUCUUCGUCUUCUGUGCCGCGGCCUGCAAACUCUCGAGUCGGUCGCGGAUGGUGUUUCUGUGGCUGGUGGUGCUUCUGUCCUACUACUGGCGGGCCGUCUACAUUGCCGAGUUCCUGAUCGGCAUGUUCAUUGCGGACCUGUCGCUAAUUCGACAUCCCGAGCGCCUGGGCCGACGACUGGUCUUACCAACGCCACCAGGUCCUGCUGCUCAGGAACCCAGCAGCAGCAGCAGUAUUGAGAAACCGAUCCCCACCCCGACCUGGCGGCGGUGGCUGUUGGGGCGACGACGACACGGGCUCGCCUCCAAGAUCGGCUGGGGCCUAGUAUCGGCGACGGGCUUCUACCUACUCAGCCAGCCCGACGACCCGGACAGCAACACGGAGCUGCCCGCGCCGUGGCCGACGCUCCUGGGCCUGGUGCCCUCGCAGUAUGGUGAGGCCAUGUACACGUUCUGGGUGAGCAUCGGGGCGGGCCUGCUGGUGCUGGGGCUCGACAACUCACCGAUGCUGCAGACCCCCUUCACGUGGUCCUUCUCGCAGUACCUGGGCGACCUGUCGUUCGGCAUCUACGCCAUGCACAUCAUCGUGCUCGAGAGCCUGUUCAAGCCCAUCCUCAACCCCUGGCGCGAGGUCCACCUGGGCGAGUCGGCCAUUGCGUGUUUCGUCAUUGAAGUCGUGGGCACGGCGGCCGUGAUCUGGGCGGCCGACUAUUUCACGCGCGCGGACAAGUUGGUCGUGCGGUUCGGGCGGUGGAUCGAGGUCAAGACAUUUGAGAAGUGGUAA